AUGAACAAUCCAUCAACAGAUACACCUCCACCUCCACCUCUGAAACGAAACUCAAAUGAUGUAGGUUGGGAGUAUGGUCUGCUAUGUGAUCCACGAGUUCCAGAAAAAGUGAGAUGUAGAUUAUGUGGCAAAGAGUUUUCUGGUGGCGUCUACGGAAUGAAAGAGCACAUUGGUCACUUGAAUGGUAAUGUCUCAGCAUGUCCCAUGUCAUCAAAGGAAGAUCAAGAGAAAUGUAAGAAUUCAAUAAUGGAAGCAAAGGAGAAGAAAAAUAAGAAGAGGAAGCAUGAGGAAGCUAUAAGGGCAGAGGUUAACAUAAACAAGAAUAGCAAUGUUGAGGAACUAGAAAAAGAGCUUGGACCUCUUAAAGCUCCUCACUUCCAAGUUUGGGCCAGGGUGGAUACCUCCUACUCAGUAUCAGUUAAAGAACCAUUGCUGAAUGAAGAGAAACAGAGAACAAAAGAGAAGUUGAAGGCAUUAGAAGAAGAAUGGGACAGAGAAGGUUGCUCGGUGAUGACAAAUUCAUGGACUGAUAUGAAGAGAAGAAGCAUCAUGAAUUUGUGUGUUAACUCAAGAGGAGGGACUUGUUUUCUGUCGUCAAAGGAUGCUUCCAAAGAUUCUCACACGGGCGAGUAUAUCUUCAACUACAUUGACAAGUGUAUAGAAGAUUUAGAGGCUGAGAAGGUUGUGCAAGUGGUCACGGAUAAUGCAACCAACAAAGUAGCUGCUGCAAAUUUGCUUAAAGAGAAGAGGCCAAGAGUCUUUUGGACUGGAUGUGCUGCUCACACUAUGGAUUUGAUGCUUGAAGGGAUUUCUAAGUUGCACGGGUUUGCUAAAGUGAUUGAACAAGCAAAGGCUGUCACCAUAUUUGUUUAUGCUCAUCAUACAACAUUGUGA